UCUUUUUUAGGGCGCCACGAGACAACAAAUUAAUUCACAUUCCUUAUUUUUUUUCCCCUAAAUUUAUACACUAACUCAAAAAUAUAUAAAUUCUGGAAAAGAAAAACGAAAAUCCCCAAAAAGAACUAGGGUUUCGUCUGCCCAAUCGUAUUCUUCUCCUACGAAAUUACACAACUGUCGCCUGUCGGGUUUUCCGAAUCACUUUCUCUUCUCUGUGUUUUGUUCAAAUUCUGGUUUUUGUUUUGUUUUGUUUCCCUCUGAGCUCUAUCGAUUACAAGUUAUCAUCGUAGAAGACGACGACGAUUGCAAAAAAUUGAGAUGCAAUCACAAUCAGAAUCGGGAAGAGGGAAUGAAGUGGAAGUCAAUCACCAUGCUGCUCAGCAACCAAUGAUGUAUGCAGAGCAGCCUUGGUGGAAGAACAACUCUUUUGGUGUCGUUCCUCAACAGAGACCUUCUGUAAUUCCUUCAAAGUCUUCAUCUUUGGAGUGUCCGGACGGUUCAGAAUCAAACGAUGUUCACUCUGCGUCUGAAGACGAUGGCGCUUGGAAAGAUUCACAAGCUGCAACUUCGUCACGUUCAGAUAAUCCUGGAACAGAAGGGAAUGAUCCGUCACUAUUGGCGACUCCUGUAGCUAACAUGAAUGGUCAGCAGCAACUUGUACAGCCACCAGAGCUUGUUGGACACUACAUUGCUUGUGUCCCAAAUCCAUAUCAGGAUCCAUAUUACGGGGGAAUGGUGGGAGCAUAUGGACAUCAGCAAUUGGGUUUUCGUCCAUAUCCUGGAGUGCCUGGUGAAAGAACUGCACUGCCACUCGACAUGACACAAGAGCCUGUAUAUGUGAAUGCGAAACAGUACCAGGGAAUUCUAAGGCGAAGAAAAGCACGUGCCAAGGCCGAGCUAGAAAGGAAAGCAAUCAACAGAAAGCCAUAUCUUCAUGAGUCAAGGCACAAGCAUGCAAUGAGAAGGGCAAGAGCUAGUGGAGGCCGGUUUGCGAAGAAAACCGAGGCUGAAGCAGCAGCUGAGAGAGAAAGAGAAAGAGAAAAGGGUUCAGCAACCAACUCAUCAGGCUCUGAACCAGUUGAAACAGACUCCAAUGAAACCCUGAAUUCAAAAGGCGCACCAUAA